ACUACGAGUUCCCAGAGUAUCACCCCUCGGCUAACUCUGAGUCCUGCCCGCUUGCGCCUGUGCGGUGGCGCAGGCCGCGCGACUUCCCGCACCGAGCGCCCCUUGGAUUCCAGCGCCCGCCCUGCCCUGUCCGCCCCCACUCGGCCUCCGCCUCCUGCAGGAGCCCGCCAGACUCCCGGCGCCGCCAGAGGGGUGCGGCUGCGGCUGCCGUGCCGGCCAGUUCCCGUUCCGGGCCCGGGAGGCGGCGGUGCCUGCUCUGCCCCAGCGCUGCUGCCGGCGCGCCGCUCUCCGGGCCACCGCGCUCCCCUUGCCGCUGCGCUCCUGCGGCCACCGCGCUCCCGGCGCACACGGCGCACCUGGCGCACCUGGCGCUUGUUCCUGCCUGCAGCCGCUGCCUGUUCUGCAGACCUGGCCGCCAAUUUUGCAGAUUCCAGAAAAAAAAAUUGAAGACUUAAGGGGAGAAUAUUGUGUUAAAAUAUUUUGACUUCCUUCCAUAUGGUGUUUGCGUGGAACAGACUUUGCUGAAGCAUCUGCAUUGAGAGGCAGGGACUCUGGAGAGUCCUGAAUCCUGUUUGCCCUUGUACCAGGAGGACUCAUGAAGCCAAAGAUGAAUGGGGGAAAAGUAGCUGCUUGCUACUUUAACUAUGGAAACGCAGGAGCACAGUGAGAGGAAAGUCAUCCCAGCUGGUUCUGACUCCCACAUUAAAUUGUUGAAGUUCAACCGGGAACUUCUGGUCACUCACAUCCGUAACACUCAGUGUCUGCUGGACAACUUGCUGGAGAAUGACUACUUCUCAGCAGAGGACGCGGAGAUCGUGGGUGCCUGCCCCACCCAACCUGACAAGGUCCGAAAACUUCUGGACCUGGUCCAGAGCAAGGGUGAGGAGGUUUCUGAGUUCUUCCUCUACGUGCUCCAGCAACUCGCAGAUGCUUACGUGGACCUCAGGCCGUGGCUGUCGGAGAUCUGCUUCUCCCCUUCCCAGCUCAUUCAGAGCAAAGUUAUUGUCAACACCGACCCAGUGAGCAGGUACACCCAGAAGCUCCGGCACCAACUGGGCUGUGACUCCAAGUUCAUGCUGUGUUACGCCCAGAAAGAGGAGCUGCUGCUGGAGGAGACCUACAUGGACACCACCAUGGAGCUGGUGAGCUUCAGCAACGAGAGCCUGGGCAGCCUGGGCAGCCUGUCCUGCCUCCUGGACCACAGCUCGGGCGUCCUCAACGAGCACGGGGAGACCAUCUUCGUAUUCGGGGACGCGGGUGUAGGCAAAUCCAUGCUGCUGCAGCGGCUGCAGAGCCUCUGGGCCUCAGGCCGGCUGGACGUGGGGGUCAAGUUCUUCUUCCACUUCCGCUGCCGCAUGUUCAGCUGCUUCAAGGAGAGCGACACGCUGUGCCUUCAGGAUCUGCUUUUCAAGCAUUUCUGCUACCCGGAGCAGGACCCUGACGAGGUGUUCUCUUUUCUGCUGCGCUUUCCCCACGUGGCCCUCUUCACCUUCGAUGGCCUGGACGAGCUGCACUCGGACUUCGACCUGAGCCGCGUGCCUGACAGCUGCUGCCCCUGGGAUCCCGCCCACCCGCUGGUCCUGCUGGCCAACCUGCUCAGCGGGAGGCUGCUCAAGGGCGCCAGCAAGCUGCUCACAGCCCGCACAGGGGUCGAGGUGCCACGCCAGCUCCUGCGGAAGAAGGUGCUUCUCCGGGGCUUUUCCCCCAGCCAUCUGCAGACGUAUGCCCGGAAGAUGUUCCCCGAGCGCCCUGCGCAGGACCGCCUGCUGCAGCAGCUGGAGGCCAACCCCAACCUCUGCAGCUUGUGCGCCGUGCCCCUCUUCUGCUGGAUCAUCUUCCGGUGCUUCCAGCACUUCCACACCACCUUCGAAAGCUCCCCGCAGCUUCCCGACUGCACGGUGACCCUGACCGACGUCUUCCUGCUGGUCACCGAGGUCCACCUGAACAGGACUCAGCCCAGCAGCCUGGUGCAGCGCAACACGCGCAGCCCCGCCGAGACCUUCAGCGCCGCCUGGCGCACACUGCGCUCGCUGGGACAGGUGGCCCACCACGGCAUGGAGAGGAGCCUCUUCGUGUUCACCCAGACGGAGGUGCAGGCCUCUGAGCUGCAGGAGGGGGACCUGCAGCUGGGCUUCCUGCGGGCCGUGCCAGAACUGGCCCCUGAAGGGGGACAGCAGUCUUAUGAGUUUUUCCACAUCACUCUCCAGGCCUUCUUUACCGCCUUCUUUCUUGUGGUGGACAACAAGGUGGGACACCGGGAGCUGCUCAGGUUCUUUCAGGAGUGGGCACCUCCUGGAGAGGCAGCUGGAGAGUCCUGCUAUCCUCCCUUCUUUCCUUUCCAGUGCUUGGGGGGCCGCAGCCUGGCCCGUUCUGACCCCUUCAAAAACAAGGAUCACUUUCAGUUUACCAACCUCUUCCUGUGCGGGCUGUUGUCCAAAGCCAGGCAGAAACUCCUGCAGCACCUGGUGCCCGCAGCCACCCUGCGGAGAAAGCGCAAGGCCCUGUGGUCACACCUGUUUGCCAGCCUGCGCGCCUACCUGAAGAGCCUGCCCCGGGUUCAGUCCGGGGGCUUCAGCCAGGUGCAGGCUAUGCCCACGUUCCUCUGGAUGCUUCGCUGCAUCUACGAGACACAGAGCCAGAAGGUGGGGCAGCUGGCGGCCAAGGGCAUCUGCGCCAACUACCUCAAGCUAACCUUCUGCAAUGCCUGCUCCGCUGACUGCAGCGCGCUUUCCUUUGUCCUGCACCACUUCCGCAAGCGGCUGGCCCUUGAUCUGGACAACAACAAUCUCAACGACUACGGCGUGCGGGAGCUGCAGCCUUGCUUCAGCCGCCUCACCGUAAUCAGACUCAGCGUCAACCAGAUCACAGACAGUGGGGUGAAGGUGCUAUGUGAAGAGCUGACCAAGUACAAAAUCCUGACGUAUUUGGGUUUAUACAACAACCAGAUCACUGAUGUGGGAGCCAGGUACAUCGCCCAAAUCCUGGAUGAAUGCAAAGCCCUCACCCACCUGAAACUGGGGAAAAACAAAAUAACAAGCGAAGGAGGGAAGUGCCUGGCCCUGGCUAUGAAGAACAGCACGUCCAUCUCGGAGAUUGGGAUGUGGGGCAAUCAAAUAGGGGAUGAAGGAGCAAAAGCCUUUGCGGAGGCUUUGAGGAACCACCCCAGUCUGACCAACCUAAGCCUCGCAUCCAACGGCAUCUCCACGGAAGGAGGGAAGAGUCUCGCCAGGGCCCUGCAGCAGAACACGUCGCUGAAGAUAUUCUGGCUGACCAAAAAUGAACUCAACGACGAAGUGGCAGAGAGCUUUGCAGAAAUGCUGAAAGUCAACCAGACAUUGAAGCAUUUGUGGCUCAUCCAGAAUCAGAUCACAGCCACCGGGACUGCCCAGCUGGCCGAGGCAUUACAGAACAACACUGGCAUAACAGAGAUUUGUCUAAAUGGAAACUUGAUAAAGCCAGAGGAGGCCAAAGUCUUUGAAGAUGAGAAGCGGAUCAUCUGUUUCUGAGGACUUUCCUGUGCCUGGGUCUUCGCCCUGGGAAGCUCCUUAGCAGAGGCUGCCACCCUGUGCAGUCAGUGGCCUGCGGCCAGGGGCCUGUUGGGAGCCCACUCCUAAUGAUGCGGAUCCACCUCUGUGGCGGAUGUGCUCCCUAAGCAGCCUUUAGGAUGUUGCAGAAACAGUGUGAGCCUUGUGAAACAGUGACAGGUUUUCUAUACCAUGAUGACAUAGAUGUGUUUCUGUAACCAUUUUAUCCAAAGCUGGAAGAUUGGAGAACAGAGAAGGCCAGCCUCAGCUGGCGCAGAUGCCUGCCCUAAGGACCAGGGGAGUGUGUUGGUCACUGCUGUCUUCAGGGGAGAGCUGAGGACCUGGUGCAGAGUCGGUGCCAAGCUUCUUGGAAAGAAAGUUCUCAAUGAACAGGAAAUAAUUCAUGCCUGAAAUAUCUGCCCUCCUUCGUACUUCCCCAUGUACUGAUGUCCCCUUCAUGGCUGUGGAUACUGAACGGUGUGGGGAUGUGGCCCAUCCAAGAUCCUGUGGGGAGCUGGUCAGGAGCUCAUCCCCGGCUUUUAUUCCGGUCCUGAGUGUGUGCUGACAAGAUCAGAGGAUGCCCUCUCAGCCAGUCUAAGAGGAAGACGAUGCCAAUGCCUUCAUCACAUGGAGCUUCCAGUCUGGCCUCUACCAACUGCUCUUCUUGGGUAAUGUGCCUGCCCAGAAAAACGCAUGGACUCUGUCCUCCAGAGGGGCAGGCAUGACUUGCCUUGGUGGCCAUGGCACCCACACAGAAGCUCUUCUCUCCCUUGCCUUCUUAAGAAAGGAAGUCUCUUCCUGUCCCUGAGCAGCUGGCGGGUGACUGAAGACUCAGGGAGCCUGCUGAGAACUCAGUCGGCAGAGUGCGUUAGACCCCCCACCAUGGCAGGUACGUGGUGGAUGCUCUGUGGGGUGGGGUUGGGUUAUCGCCAGAGAACUUGUUCUUCUGUCAUCUCAUUUGUUAAUAAAAUAUUAAAAAUUCUCACUAUUUCUAAAUGCUUAGGUCUGGGGUUUUUGAAGGGACUUGACCUGGCAUGUGCGUGAGCCUCAAGUCCUAGCCUGACUCAAUGCACUGUGGGCAGCAUUCUGGAUAAAGUGCUCCGUGAGGAGGCCUGAAGAAGGGAGGCCAGAGGCAUCAUGAGUGUGGGCCUGCACAGUCCUCUCCACCUACCAAGGGACGAGAGAAGGUGGAAGCACCAUCUGAGGCUGCUCCAUGUGGCCUCUGAGUCUACAUAGGGCUGCUCUUGUGCAGGGGUUCAGGGCUGGCUGGGCUCAGGACACAUGGAGUGGCCCAAUUCCAUGCAUUCACCACUGCACACGGUAGGCCCUGCCAUGUCCACUACCUUCCUUGGCUGUUCCCUGAUGAGUGGAGGACAAGGUGGCCCUGAGGCAAGAGGGGACAGUAUGGGAAGGGUAAGAGGUAAACCACAGCAUUCCUAGAGUUCAAGCCUGGCUCUGCACACAGCCUGAUAGGGACGGUGCGAUCCAGCAGGUUAUGGGAGAUAUUCUGUAGCUCAGACCACAUGGUGACAGUUCCCUUAAAGGCACUGCUGUGGUGUUUCCUCCAAUCCCUCCCCAACCCCAGACCUGGAUUUUCACCUAAUAAACUCCCUCUGAGGCAGCAACCCGCUCCUUGCAUGGAAUCUGGGCAGCAAAUCCUCUUGGAAAGGGCAGGGAAAUCCUCACGACAAGUCGAAGGCCAGGGGUGUUAGGAACAGACUGCAGACUCCCCAAGCCUUACCGAGAACCUCACUUCUCCGGGACAAAGUUCAGAUUUUAUUGAAUAGCUAAAAGUAAACUCUGCAAGUCUGAAAUUUACUCAGCAACCACCAAACAUUAUUGCUGGAGAGACUAGCAAGACUGUUGCCUCUCAGGGACUCCCUUUGUGUGGCUAUAGGCUUAAGUUCUAUUUGUAACACCUACAUGGUAAAAGGUAGAUUCUGAUUCUUUUAUAAAACCAAAAGCAGGUUCCCAGCUUGCCAGAAAGGGUUCUCCACCACACAGGUGAGCUGAGCAGAGUUAAUCAAGAAAAAGACAACAGAAAAUGUAAAAAAUCUGUCAAAUUGGGAUCUGAUCAACCAUUCUUUUCCAUAGGAUGUCUUGGCUAAUUUGGGGAAAGAAAUUAUAGCUCCUGUACUUCAUCUCUACAUUUAUAUCAUGUCCAUGCUGAUUUGGAACUUCAUUUAAAAAGCCAUGGAAAGUCACUGUUUUCAAGUGUGAUUAGCUCCAUGGAGCUCCAGCCUGCUGUUGCCCUGAUAGGUGGCUUUGGGCCCAGCCUCGGUCUGCUGGAAUCUUGAUAUCCUCUGUGAAAAAUGGGAAUCCAAGAGCACUGACUCAGGAGGUUGUUGAGAGAAGAUGAAACAAGAUGUUCUGGAAAGUAGUUGGCAGUGCCUGGCUCAAGGCCCCCUCCUCCGUACCCACCAGUUUCUAUAAAGCCAGCCUUUCUCAUUUCCCCUCUCACUCUUAGGCUUAGAAGGACUUUUCCAACAGACCAAAUAUGGCAGUGGAAGUUCCCAAAGUAAAAUUCAAAAGUGUUCAGCAUCAGGAUACUGCAGUACUCUAGCUUUGUCAGUGGGUGGGGGGGAGAAAAAAAAAAAAAACUAAAUAGAAACACUGACGAAGAGCUGUCAGUCUUCAUUAUUAUUUCCAACCCACUGAGCACAGAUGGGCAGCACCAGUGCACAGAGCCAGGCACAUGGGCCUGUGCAAUGUCCCAAUUGCCUUUCAGCUCUGAAACCAGGAAGGAGCCCUGGGACCACAGCCAUUUUGGUUCCUUUCCAGGUGUGGUACAGUGUAUGUCAGCUGUUUCUAGCAGCUAACUGCCCACUAAUAGAAGAUGAAGAAAAAAAGAAAAAAAAAAAAAUUGCUUUGGAGCCAAAGGCAAAACCAUGACCACGAGGGGCAUUUUAAUGAAAGUAGAGUUGGUUCAUGAGGAGACCAAGACUCGUUUUACCACAUGUGGCCUGGUGGCACAACUACAGGCCAGGGCCCUCCCAGCACUGUUCUCUCCAUCUAAAAACAAAAUGAACUGCACCCAGAACUGACUUAAGACUUCCAAAGGCAUUACACACUGAAAAAGUGACCUGUGAUUUAAAAAAGACUUAAAAUAAUAGAUAAUAAAUUAAGCACAAGGAUGCUAAACAAGUUUUUGAUGACUAUUUUGGGUGCUUUUUGGAAACAAUAACAAAUGUCAAAAUGUCUCAAAAUUUUUUUUUCCUAUCUCAUAGUGCAUUUACUUUCGUUGUAAAAGGGAUAUCACAAUGUUAACAGGAACCUUUAAAAUAUGUAUAAUAGCAUGAUACCAAUGCAGCUAUUUUAGUUUUUGCCUAUGGUCUCCUGAGCUUUGCCUGAAUAUCUUCUUUCAUAGGUACAGCAGAACACAUUUGCAGUUCUUUCAUCAAAUGUUUUCCCACUUGGUUACACAGUCUUUACAAUUACCAUUAAUAGUCUAUGAGUUUGAGAAUUUGCUUAAUUAUGUUCCAACUGUUGGACAUUCAUGUUUCUGGAUUGGCUGAUUAUUACAGACAAUGUUUGGUGGAAUUAAAAUGUCUUUACAGUUAUUUCUUUGCAGUGGGAUUACUGAGGCUAUGAAAUUCUUGCUAUGAAAUUUCAUUUCUUUUUUAAUCUGUGAGGGGUAUAAUAAAUGGUUUG